AGAAAGUCCAAGGCCUAACCUGAGACCUAACAGGAAACAUGCAAGCCCUCGUUGGCAACAUCGCUGACAACAAAUAAUUACUGCCUAAACUUCCUGUUUAUAAGGCUGGGCGCUUUGUAAGGCCGAUAGGCCAGCCGACUUGGCAGGAAAAGACAUGGCCGCAGAGGGCGUAGUCGGCUCGUGCGGGCUAUGCCAGCAGGACAUUCAUGAUACUGAGCACUUCAAGGAGCUGGACUGCACGUUCCCCUCAUGCCCCUGCUCAAUCUUCCAUGAUGACUGCAUGGUGCCCUACAUGCGGCGGAAGGGGCGACAAGGGACAGAGCAGCGGACCAAGUACCCCUGCCCAGCCACACUAGACAACGGCAAGGCCUGCCCCGGCACCAUCCGCGGCACGCACAACCGCGCGCCCACCAAUAAAGCCAAGAAGGAGGCGCGCGGCGAGGCGGCUGUGGCGGUGAACGCGCAGCUCAACGCGGCGGCGGCGGCGGCAGGUCCCGCGGCGGCCGCGACGCAGGCCCUGCCCCCAAGGGGGCGCCCGACAGCCGCAGUGGCGGGUGCACCAGCGGCGGCAGCGGCGGGCGGCGCGCCAAAGGUGUUGAUGCGGGCGGCACCGGCGGCGGCUAGCAGUAACGGCGCAGGCGCCGUCCGUGUCGUGCCGGCGAUGGCGGUGCAGCAGCGGCAGGGCGCGGGCGGGGCGCCGGCGGUGUCCGCUUGGUUGCGGGCGCCGCCGUCCAUUGUGACCCAGGCGCGAGCAGCCUCGCCGGAGCCUCUUCAAGGGGCGGCAGCAGCGGCAGUGGCCCGUGCGCGGCCGCCGGCGCCAGGGCCCGCCGCGCCCGGCGCCGCCGCGGCGGCGCGCAUGGCGGGCGACGCCGCCGCCGCGCCGGCGGGCGCCCUGGCGGCGGCGGUGGCCGCCAACUCGGCCAUGGCGCCGCAGCGUGUGGUGCGGCAGCGUAUCAUACCCGGAAUGGACGAGGACGCAGCCGCCGGGGCCGCCGGGGCCGGGGCUGGGGCCGGCAGGAAGAAGAAGGGCAAGGGCGCGCAGCAGGCGCUGUCGUUGGAUGAGCAGCGGAAGCUCGUGGCCGCGCUACGGCAGGAGAUAGCGCCAGGGCCGGGGGCGCGAGCCGGGGCCGGGGCUGGGGCGGCGGGGGCCGCGGGCGGCCGCGCCGGCGGCGCGGGCGCUGACGGCGCGUCCACGGCGACGGGCGGGGACACGGAAGACAUGGAUGACGACGGCGGCGGCGAUGACGGCGCCAGCUCAGCGACUGGGAGCGCCGCGGGGCCUGCUGCGGCGCCUGCUGCGGGCGCGGCCUGGGGGCGGCCGGGUGCGGGUACCGGCGCCGUUGCUGGCGGCGGUAUGAGCCGGGCCGGGUCCACACACCUGGCACCGCAGUCGGCUGCCGGGACGCCACGCGGCGGCACCACCCAGCAACAACAGCAACAACAGCAACAGCAGCAACAGCAGGCGGCGGCGGCGGACGGCGAUGCGGACCCUGACCCCAUCGUGUACAUCGACCCGGUGGUCCAGACCGCCGACGGCAUGCUGCUGGUAAUCGACCCCCUGACCAGCACCUACGUGGCGGCCGCCGACCUGUACGGCCCCACCCCCGAGGUGGUCAUGUUCCCGGAUGAGGCGGCGCCCGACGGCGUGUCCUGGGGCGUCGCCAUCCGGCAGUCCGCGGUGGAGGCGCGCGAGGCAGAGGCGCGCCGCGCCCAGCACGAGGCCGUGGUGGAGGCGGCGGCGCGGCUGCGCGAGCAGGAGCGCGAGCGGCGGGAGGCGCUGGUGCGGGAGGCGGCGGCGGUGGCGGCGGCGGCGCGGCGGCGGGAGGCGGGGCUCGACGACGGGGAGGAGGAGGCCGCGGCGGCGGCUGCGGCAAAGCAGGCGGAGGAGGAGGCUGCGGCGGUGGCGAGGAAGGCGGAGGAGGAGGCUGCGGCGGCAGAACGGGCGGCGGAGGAGGCAAGAAAGGCAGCUGAAGAGGCCGCGGCGGCAAGAAGGGUGGCGGAGGAGGCGGCGGCGGCAAGAAGGGCGGCGGAGGAGGAGGCUGCGAAAAAGGCGGUGGAGGAGGCUGCGGCUGCCGCAGCACUGAAAGCGGAGGAGGACGCGGCGGCAGCGGCGGCUGCGGAGGUGGCGGCUGCAGAUGCAAAGAAGGCGGAGAAGGAGAAGAAGAAGGCGGAGAAGAAGGCGGAGAAGGAGCGGCUCAAGGCGGAGAAGGAGAAGGCGGACAAGGCGCUCGCAGAGCAGGAGCGGCUGCUCAAGGCAGGCCGGCUAGCCAGGGCCGCCGCUGCUGAUGGCGGCGGUGAAGCGGAGGAAGUGGUGGCGCCUGAGGUAGGCGAGAGUGGUGCGACAGGGCCGGCCGCGGGCGCAGCUAGUGCAUUGGCUUCGGUGGCGGCGGCGGCUGGCGGCGCUUCCGGCUCUGCACUAGCGGCCGCUGCUGCCGCAGCCGCGGUCACGCCAGCAGCUGCAACCGCCAACGGUACAGCUGCGCCGCCUGCCCCGGCUUCCGCCGGUGCCGCGGUGCUGCCGCCGACCCCACCACAGCCGCGUAUGCAGUUGCCGGUGCCGGUGCCGGCCUCCACCGUACAGCUGGUGCCCGUGGCAAUGCCGGUGCCGGUGCCUGUGCCGGUGCCGGUGCCCAUGUCUCCGCCGGCACUGCAGGCGCAACCAGUGGUGUAUGCUGCGCCGCCGCAGCCGCCGCAGCCGCCGCCCCAGCAGGUGCCGCUGCCGCCGCAUCUCCCGCCCUUCAUGGCGCACCUCGCUGGCCGCCCCGCCGUCGCACUGGCGCCGGCGUCGCCCUCCUCCACAGCCGCCGUCACCCAAGCCGCCAACACGGCGGCGGCGCCGGUCCCGGCGGCGCAGCAGCAGCGCCCGGGCACGGCGGCGGCUAUGCUGGCGGCCCUGAACCCCGCCUUUGCCGCGCUGGGGCUGGCGCAGCCGCAGCAGCAGCAGCAGCGGCCAGUUGCCAUGCAGGUGACAGUCACCAUGCAGCAGCAUCAGCAGCAGCAGCCGCAGCAGCAGGGGGCGGCGCCGCCCGCCGCCACCGCGUCCCCUGCCUACCCGCCCGGCCACCCGCUGUUUGCGCUGAUGAUGGCGGGCCGGGCCAACCACGGCGGCGGUCCCGCCGCGGCCACCCCUGCAGCCGCUGCGGCGCCUGCUGCCGCGGCGCCCCCUGCGGCUGGCGCCGCUGCGGCGCCCGCUGCGGCUGCCGAGGACGCGGCGGCGGCGGGUGGCGGCGGCGCGGGCGGCGAGGAGCUGGAGGACCUGCUGUCGCUGCUGUGCGUUUGAGCGGGUGGGCUGGAGGCUGGUGCGCCUGCGGCAUUGACAGCAGGUGGUGGCAAGCAGUGGCGCACAGAUUAUUCGGGCAUGGUAUGUGAGUUAGCGUGGAAGCGCGAGCGUUGCAAUGACUGGAAAGUACUGUUGAUGUGCUGCUGGCACGAGUGUGAACGAGUGUCUGUACGAGAGCCGCGCCAAAGAAAGCCGCCGGAAGGCAUGCGCUUUACAGGACUGGGUACAAGCUAAUAGUACAUGCUUUCAUAAUGCUUUCACCAUGGGGCGCCCGCGCGGAACAUAUGUGUCGGACUCGAACUGGGGGCCGCGGACUGCAGGGGGUUGCACGGUUGGCCAGGAUGAACGAAUGGCGUAAGAACGCGGGCAAGAGUGAUUACCGUAUGAACGGAUGCACGUACUCCCAUAGCGUGUAGCCCUGGUCGCAUGCUCGCUGAGGAAGACGAAACUGAGCAGGGUGCGGUGGGGGGUGGGGGCGACACUGGGGGGUGACAUGAGCGCGCAUGGAGAACUGCGUGGGCCGAGUCGGAAUGAAAGCAGGUUGCAAUUUACACCGCUAACUUGUAAGCUGCUUUAAUG